AUGGAUGAAGACGACGGAAAGAGCAAAUCGCGAGAGAAGAGGAGAAAGAAGAAGGAGAAGGAGCAGAAGGAGCAGGAGCUGCGCGAGAAGGAGGAGGCGCUUCUAGAUCCAGAGAAGGUGCCGGAGACGGCAGAGGAGUUUGAGAGGAUGGUGCUGUCGUCGCCCUCCAGCAGCUACGUCUGGAUCAAGUACAUGGCCUUCUUCCUCGAGAUGACCGAGAUCGACAAAGCCAGAGAGAUCGCAGAUAGAGCCCUCAAGACCAUCAGCUUCAGGGAGGAGCAGGAGAAGUUCAACGUGUGGGUCGCCAGACUCAACUUGGAGAAUCUUUACGGCACAAGAGAGUCGCUGAUGUCUGUCUUCGAGCAGGCAUGCAAGCUGAACGACAGCAAGAAGAUGCACAUGCAGCUGUUGGGAAUUUUCGAGCGAGGAGGAGAUGCGCAGGUGACGGAGCAAUUCUUCAAGACGCUGACAAGGAAAUUCCGCAAGAGCUGUAAAGUUUGGCUUCGAUAUUGCACGUUCAAGCUGCGAGGGGCUCACCCUGAAGCCGCGGGAAGGAUGCUCGAGCGAGCGCUGGAGGCGAUUCCGAAGCGAAAGCACGUGAAGCUGAUCCACAAGUUUGCGACCAUGGAGUACAAGCUCGGGUCAGCAGAGCGAGGGCGGACGCUGAUGGAGGGAGUGGUAGUGUCGAGCCCCAAGAGAAUCGACUUGUGGUCAGUGUUUGUUGACCUGGAGCUCAAGAGCGGGCACGUGGAGGCAGCUCGACAGCUGCUGGAGCGAGCGAUCACGUUGAAGCUCAAGGGAAGGCAGGCGAAGUUUCUGUUCAAGAAGAUGCUCGAGCUUGAGAAGACUCACGGAGACGCUGAGAGGGUGGCGGAGGUGAAGAGAAAAGCGAGGGAGUGGGUGGAGUCUAACGCCGAGUGA